GACUGACCCAACGCGGAACAACGGUCAUAUGAUUUACUGCAAACACAAAGAAGAUUAUUGUUAGCUUUUGAGUCGAUGAGAUAGUUGUGAAUCAGUCGCAAACUAAUCGUUCAACGGUGUAGUUCGACAGGAAGCUAAUUGAAACAUGAGGGCUCUAGCGAUUUUCUGCGUUUUAAUUAUUGGGACCCAGGCCGUGUCCUUUUUUGAUCUAGUUCAAGAACAAUGGACGUCUUUCAAGUUAACACAUAAAAAAAAAUAUGAGAGCGAAACAGAAGAGCGCUUCCGUAUGAAAAUAUUCAUGGAGAACGCCCACAAAGUGGCCAAACACAACAAAAUGUACGCAAUGGGUUUAAUUCCAUACAAAUUGGCCAUCAAUAAAUACGCAGAUAUGUUACAUCACGAGUUUAUCCGCACCGUUAACGGUUUCAACAAGACCAACGCUCUUUUGAAAGCGGGAGAUUCACAUGAUGCUGUAACUUUCAUCCCACCAGCCAACAUCAAACUCCCAGAAUCUGUUGAUUGGAGGGAAAAGGGAGCUGUAACGCCUGUUAAGGAUCAAGGACAUUGUGGUUCGUGCUGGAGUUUUAGCGCUACCGGAUCUUUGGAAGGUCAACAUUUCCGCAAAACAGGUAAAUUGGUCUCACUCAGUGAGCAAAAUUUGGUGGACUGUUCAACCAGAUACGGAAAUAACGGAUGCAACGGUGGUUUGAUGGACAAUGCGUUCAGAUACAUCAAAGACAAUGGUGGUAUUGACACUGAAGAAUCUUAUCCAUACAAAGCUGAAGAUGAAAAAUGCCACUACAAGCCAGCCAACAGCGGCGCCACUGAUCGUGGAUUCGUAGACAUCGAAUCAGGAAAUGAAGAACAGUUGAAAGCUGCAGUUGCCACAAUUGGCCCAAUUUCCAUUGCUAUAGAUGCCAGCCAUGAAACAUUCCAACUUUACUCUGAUGGAGUCUACUAUGAUCCACAAUGCAGUUCCCAAGAAUUAGACCAUGGUGUUCUUGUUGUUGGUUAUGGCACAACUGAAGAUGGAGUGGACUACUGGUUGGUAAAGAAUUCUUGGGGUGAAAGCUGGGGACAGGGAGGUUACAUCAAAAUGGCCAGAAACCGCGACAAUUCCUGUGGAGUUGCGACACAAGCUAGUUAUCCCCUUGUUUAAGUUUUGAUUUUUAAGUUUUUGUGAAUGUCAAUUUAUUAAAAAAAAAUAAUGUUAAAUGGCUGUGUACCAUUGUAUAUGCUCAAUGUAUUACCUGCUAAAAUAAAAAACAAUUUUUUACUUA